UCGCCAUCGUGCGUAUUAUCAUCAUUCACCUCAUUAAAAUACACAUCAUUAUCGACUACAUUUGAUGACGUUUUGUUUUGCCUUUCUUCCUCGAGAGCCUCCCAGCUUAGCGCGAUCGUUUUAUCAAAAUCAUCCUCAACUAGUAUGAGCAAAGUUGAUGCAUUUCUUCAGGAGCAGUUUUACUCUGAGCAACAUCCAAAAGAGUCAAAAGUGUUGAAAGAAUCGUUACGUCGUGCUCUCGGAAAAGAGAUAGAAUUGUUGGAAAAACAUGUGAAACCAAAUUCAAAAGAAGGUCUCAGGUUAUCAGUUUUGAAAAAUCAAUUAAAG